UUAUAUUCAAAUCUUCAUGUUGUGUUGAUCUGAUCCUUUUUUCUUCUUCUCUAUCUCUCUCUCGACAAACAGCAACCAAACAACAGCCACCACCCUCCACAUUCUCUCUCUUUUCUCUCUUCAUCAAAUUUUCUCUGUUUCUUCAUCGUUCAAUCAUCGAGUGAGUAACCCCACAAAAAGAAGGUCGAUCUCAGUUCUUAGAUUUCAAGACUUUGUGGUUUUUCAAUUGCUCUUAUUAGAGGCAUUAUCCUGGUUUUCAAUUUUGAAUCAACAUGACUGAGAGAGCUAGAUUUUAGUUUUAAAUCAAGGGGACUGAGAGAGGUGGCAAGAGAUUCAAAGGACGAGGUUUCAAUUGUUUCGAAUUAGAGAUGAGCUGAAACAAGAUGAAGAUGAAGCUUUUCCAGCUCUUUAUCACUGCAUCGAUUCCAGUCUUGAAAACCCUAUUGAUUACUGCCCUUGGCUCAUAUCUUGCAACUGAACGCGUCAAUAUUCUGGGGGAAGACAGUAGGAAGCACUUAAACAGUGUUGUAUUUUUCGUGUUCAAUCCAGCCCUGGUUGGUUCCAGCCUUGCCCAGACCAUAACAUAUCACAGUAUGAUUAAGCUGUGGUUCAUGCCUGUGAACGUCCUCAUGACCUUUAUUGUUGGUUCAAUAUUUGGAUGGAUACUCAUCCUGUUAACAAGAACUCCUCCACGUCUUCGAGGUCUUACUGUGGGUUGCUGUGCUGCUGGAAAUUUAGGGAACAUGCUCCUUAUUAUAAUUCCAGCUGUUUGUGAAGAAAAAGGGAGUCCAUUUGGAGCUCCUGAUGUUUGUUAUGCUUACGGAUUGGCAUAUGCUUCACUUUCAAUGGCGAUCUCGGUUGUUUAUUUGUGGUCCUAUGUUUAUAGUAUUGUGAGGAUAUCUUCAAAGAGAGACACUCUUGAUCAAGACACGAUCCAAUCUUUGGAGAGAUCCUCCAUCCCAAACCAACAGAUCAUGACACCUCCGGGCAAAAUAAUGAACCGUAUAAUGAAGGUGGUUAAAAAGCUCAAUCUAGAAACGAUCUUUUCCCCCUCAAUAGUUGCAGCGAUCGUUGGCUUUGUUAUCGGAGUCAUCCCUCCAGUUCGAAAAGUAUUCAUAGAAGAUGGCGCUCCUCUACGGGUGAUUAAUGACACUGCUUCCUUGUUGGGAGGUGGAGCUAUCCCGGCUGUCACUCUUAUAAUAGGAGGAAACCUCCUUAAAGGCCUUAGAGGGUCUGGGAUACAGACUUCUCUCGUUAUCGGCAUCAUCAUUGUUCGUUAUGUUGCCCUGCCUCUUGCAGGCAUAUUGAUCGUUAAAGGGGCAAUGAAAUUUGGCUUAGUACACUCUGAUCCAUUGUAUCUGUUUGUUCUUCUCCUUCAAUUUGCACUCCCACCUGCAGUGAGCAUAGCAACCAUCACUCAACUGUUUGGAGCAGGAGAGAAAGAGUGUUCGGUUAUCAUGCUGUGGACUUAUGUUCUUGCUUCGGUAGCGCUUACUUUUUGGUCUGCCUUCUUCAUGUGGCUUGUCGUCUAAGUGUGCAAUUGCAAUGAAUUUUAAGAUCGAUCACUUUGAAAAACUAGAUGAUCGAACUGUAAUUCAAUCUACGUACGUACCUUGUAAUAUCUUUGUAGGGAAGUUGUCACAUAAAGAAAAUUAAUGCAAAUUUUAAGAAACUGA